CUUUAUCACAUUCAAAACUAUCCCAAGAACAUACAUACAACCGCAGCAAACUCUAUUACUUUGAUCAUGUCUCUCAGCAAUCUUCAAGUCAAUGGUCUAUAUGUUAUUCUUUUCCUGCGAACUUCGCCGCAUACGCCGAACAACUUCCACUGGGGUCUCUAUCUACACGGUGAUGCUACACAAGGAGGGACCAAGUAUCACAUCAAGCAACAGGGAUCUGGCUGGAUUGCAGAUCAUGGGAAGACUGCUGGCGUCUUCAAGUCCUUCUUGCUCGUCGGACUCUUCCAAAUCGCGACGAUCCCCACUGGUUGGAAGGGCCACGCCGACCAGCAAUUCCGAACGUACGAUUCAUCGCUGAACAGCUCGCCUAAUAUAACCUGUCGCGUCUGGCUUCUCUGGGUCCUGGCGUUGCUGCAGAAGGAGGUAAACGGGUACAAACUCCUCAAGUGUGCCGAUCUGAGCGCACUCGAGGCAGAAAUCAUCGCCUGGGGGAAUGAAAACGCCGCCUCCGCAGAUCUAAACCUCCAACCACGACCGGUCGCGGUAUCGAAAUACAUUCAAGGGUAAAGUCGUGCCUGAAUAUUUAGAAUGUUUGACUACAUUUUUGUGAUCCACCGCGGUCGCACCUCGGUGUAGUUUACCACCUCAAUGUUGACGAGGUUUAAAUCGCGAAGGCGCUAAAUGUUGCAACUAUCUCUUUACCACGCCCGUUUUAUAUGUAGAACUAUGCUGCUGUUAUUUUGUGUACUAAAUUUGUGGGUUGAGAGGCGGAUUGGAUAUGCAGACGUGGAGAUGCAUGACCUUUUGGAGGGAUCGGUGGGGAAGUGGAGGGCAAAGUAGGGGCAGUAGUGACCAAGAAUAAGUCUUGAAGGACUAAGAACAGACUAGGAGCUGAAAACAUGGAAGCGUAGCGCAUAUGA